AUGAUAAAGGGUCAGGCAGUAUUCGGGUCCAGAAUGCAGAUGAAUUGCGCCUGGCGCAGAUGGGUAAGUUCGAUGUCACCAAAGCCUCUACCUUCUGCAGUUCUAACAAUGUUUUUUACUUGCGAUCAAACAGGCCAUAAGCAAGAGCUGAAACGCCACUUCUCAGUAUGGAGUCUCAUCGGGCUGGCUGCAAAUUGUACCAUCUCCUGGACUGGGCUUGGUCUGGGUCUCAUCACUUCCAUCAACGCUGGCGGUCCCGGUGCCCUUAUCUACGGAUUUAUCCUCGUCUUUAUCCUGCAAUGCUUUCUAGGAACAUCGCUAGCGGAGUUUGUUUCUGCGUACCCAGUCGAAGGUGGGAUGUAUCACUGGAUUGCAGCCAUUGCCCCGAAACGUUACAGCAAUGUGUUAAGCUUUGCGACUGGUUGGAGCACAGUGUUCGGCUGGAUAUUUACCACCGCCUCUACGAACCUCGUUUAUUCGUCGAACUUCGUCGCCCUUAUUGCCUUAUACAGACCUAAUCUUGUUGUGCAGCCUUGGAUGACUUUCGUUGCGUACCAAGGGUUCAACGUUAUAACAUCUGGAAUUGUCAUGUUUGGCAAUAAGUGGAUGCCAGUAAUCAACAAGUUCUCAUGUUGGUAUAUGAUUCUUGGUUUCUCCACUGCCCCCAAGCAUAACGAUGCAGAAUUCGUCUUUCGUACUUGGAUUAAUGAAACUGGUUGGAAGAACAACGUCAUCUGUUUCAUAACGGGCCUAGUCAACCCUCUCUACUGCCUAGGCGGCUUAGAUGGGAUCACUGUACGUAUUCCAGCUUGCAUUGCACGGAAGUGGCUACUAAUCAGAACCACAGCACAUCACCGAGGAAAUGCCAAACCUUGCACACUCGCCAUAGCUUUCGUAACCGGCUUCACCUACCUCCUCAGUCUCAUGUUCUCCGUCCAAGACUACGCAAGCCUCGCCGACUCCCCGACAGGCCUCCCCCUCGCAGAGCUUUGUCACCAGGCAACCCAAAGCCGCGGAGGCGCCUUUGCCCUCGUCUUCCUUCUCUGGGUUGCAGUCGGACCAUGCAUGAUCGGCUCACAGCUGAGCACCGGACGAAUGCUCUGGGCAUUUGCCAGAGACGACGGACUUCCCUUCUCCAAAUUCUGUUCCAAAGUCAACAAGCGAUUCGGAGCUCCCGUCAACGCCCAGCUCUGCGUGGGUAUCAUCAUCGCACUUCUAGGCUGUAUCUACCUUGGUUCCAGCACCGCGUUUAACUCGAUGAUGAGUUCUUCUGUAACAAUCAACAACAUCGCCUACCUCGUUCCCAUCCUCACAAAUGUCCUCCUUGGCCGGAAAACCAUGCACCGUGGUCCGUUCUCACUAGGAUAUGUAGCAGGAAUGACGGUAAAUAUUAUCACUGUUGCGUGGCUGGUCUUCGCAAUUGUGUUUUUCUCGUUUCCGUAUGAUAUGCCUGUUACUGCCUCAAAUAUGAAUUAUACGUGUGUAUGUGUUGGUGGAUUCUUGCUGCUGGAGCUACUGUGGUGGAUUGUGGCGGGGAAGAAGUAUUCGCGACGAAUGCAGAAGGUAAGGGAAGAAGAGAAAAAUGCUUCACAGGCGGUGGUGGUGGAUCAUCUGGGAAAGAGCUGA